AUGGGUCUUACAGAAUUAUUGAAUUUCAACAACGAUUGUGCAGCAUGUUCUGAUUCCUGCCAAUGUUCUAAAAACUGCGGAGGUUCCUCAUGUGGUUGUAACGCUAAUUGCCCAUGUGCUAAAGAUACUCACGAACAUAAUUGUGAGAGUUGUGGUGAAGCUCACAGAUACAAGGGAACAUCAUGCGAACAAGGUUGCUCUAAAGGAGGUCAAUGCCCAGCCAAUAUGUGA